AUGGGAAACUCGCAAGGGAAACAGGUGGCGUACGACGAUGCUGUCAACCUCAACCACUUCCGCCUUCUACGGGUGGUAGGCAAAGGUGCAUUUGGAAAGGUUCGCAUCGUCGAAAAAAAAGACACCGGUCUCACAUUUGCGCUCAAGUACAUACGGAAAGAAGAAGUGGUUCGCUCGGAGAGUGUACGGAACAUCAUUCGUGAACGCAGAAUGCUGGAACACCUGAAUCACCCGUUCCUCUGUAACUUACGGUAUAGUUUCCAGGACAUGGAAUACAUUUAUAUCGUGGUCGACCUGAUGAACGGUGGUGAUCUUCGAUUUCAUAUCUCCCGAAAGUGUUUUACAGAAGAGGCAGUGCGGUUUUGGAUGGCUGAGCUGGGUUGCGCCUUGAAGUAUAUCCACUCACAGGGUAUCAUUCACCGCGAUCUGAAGCCGGACAAUGUACUGUUGGAUUCGGAAGGCCACGUUCACCUGGCUGAUUUUAAUGUGGCAUCCGAUUUCCGCCCCGGGAAGCCUCUGACAAGCAAGUCGGGGACAUUGGCCUACCUCGCCCCCGAAGUGUACGAAGGAAACGGCUACUAUUAUGAGGUGGACUGGUGGUCAUUGGGCGUCACCUUCUAUGAGUGCAUCUACAGCAAGCGACCGUUCGAAGGCCGCAGCCAGGAUACCUUGAGCGAAAACAUUCGAAAAACCCAACCGAAAUACUUCGUCACCAACCCCGCCGUCUCGGUGCCGUGCCUACGGGCGUUGGCAGCGUUGAUGGAGAAAGACCGAACCCGGCGAAUUGGAGCGGUCAGCUUCGAAAGCUUUACUUCACAUAUCUUCUUUGGGGACAUCGACUUUGAGGCGUUGGAGCGGAAAGAAAUUCCACCCGUAUUCCGGCCGUCCAGCGACAAGACAAACUUCGACGCAACUUACGACUUGGAAGAGCUGCUACUGGAGGAAGCACCCUUGGAAGCCAGAGCUCGCAGACAAAAACCUCGAGCCGAACUGCGAGAAGAUGCCACCGCCAAGGAAAUCCGAGAGGAUGAGCUUCAUCGUUUGAUCGAGACCAUGUUUGAACCGUUCGACUACACCACCGUUGACUUCCAGGGCAAAGCUGCGGAGGCUAUUGCUGCAGCGACGAACCCGGAAGACUGCCUUCCUAUCGCUAGGUCGGCCUCCCACGCCCGACGACCUUCUCAACCCGGAUCCUCUGUCAAAAACUCGCCUCCGCGUAGUGAGCCAUCCAUUCGAAGACUUCCAAAUGAGACCCUGGCUACGACCAGCUCAGCGCUCGACCCGAACGACAAUGCGUCCCUUCCACCACCACCUUCACCUUCCACUCGUGCUUCCGGCUCUCCACCACCCGCCCCGUCCUUCCACCGACCAUUGCCCCCGACCCCCGGCCUCGCGGAGCCACACGCCAAACCAGUAAAGGCGGCGGCGUACAAAUGCUACACCCUUCCUGCGGAGGGACUAGAAGGUGGCGGCGAGAAGAGCAAACCCAACAGUGGCAUGCUAUCGUUUUUGAGUCGCAAGAAGGGCCGCGACCGCAGCCCCAAGCCCACCGAGCCAGGUGUUCUAGGCAAAGAAGGUGCUCGGCAGAUCAUCAGCUGA